GGCAGGCAUCGCCAUCGUCGAAGACUCGCCGGGGGAAGUCUCCGCCUCCGGGUCCGUCAGGUAGUUUAUCCAUGACGAUCGCUUGCUUGCGAACCGGCCAGCCCCUGCACAUGGCAACUAACGAGGACGACUUCGCCUCUCCCGCGUCGCGCUGCCGACUUGCUCCACCACACACAGCUUCUUUUCCCUCGGCGUGCUUGCUUAGCUCUUCGCUGUUAAACGCGGCAUCCGCAUGAUCUAAUCCUCUCCGAGCUCGUCUUACGCUACGCAUGGGAUGAUCUUGGUGCGGCAGCUCGGUUCGAAGGUUCCUACAACGACUUGAUCCCGCUCCUAUAACUUCCCCCAGCUCGGACCCGCCGCCACCGCAGUCAACAGCGUACAUUCCUACAGCUAGAGUUUGCUUCCUUCUUUCGUAUUCCAUCGAGCGCGCGCGUGUGUGCAUAUAUGGUUCUGGUCAUGCCCAGGUCAUGGCUCGCCGGCCUGCGUUCUCGGCUCGGCGGCACCAGCGCCAGCGAGGACGGGCUCGGCAUCCUCGCCUUCGAGGCGGCGGCGGCCAUGUCGCGGCUGGUGUCGCUCCACCGCUCGCUCUCCGACGAGGAGGUCCGGCGGCUCCGCGGCGACGUCCUGCGCGGCGAGGGCGUCGCACGGCUCACCUCCACGGACCAGUCCCUCCUGCUCCGCCUCGCGUGCGGCGAGCUCCUCGCGGACCUCGACCGCGCCGCCGCCACCGCCGCGCGCCUCGGCGCGCGGUGCCGCGGCCCGGACGCGCCGUUCCUACACAGCUUCGACCUCGUCUACGCCGACGCGAAGCGGGGAGGGGGCGGCCUCGCGCGGCUCGACGCGGCGGUCGGGUUCUCCCGGGGCGCGGGGAAGCGGCUCAGGAAGAUGGAGCGGCACGUGGCCGCGACGGCCAAGCUGUACGCGGAGAUGGACGCGCUCACGGAGCUGGAGGCGUCGGAGCGGCGGAUGGAGCAGUGGAUGCAGCACAGCGGGCCCAUCCCCGCGCAGUCGUCCAAGACCAAGCGGGACGAGCCGAGCGAGAAGCUGUUGCGCGAGCUCAAGCUGCAGCGGCACAAGGUGCGGCGGCUCAGGGAGGGCUCGCUGUGGAGCGUGCCCGUCCACAAGGCCACCAAGCUCAUGGCCAGGUCGGUGCUCGCCGUGCUCGCGCGCGUCUCCCUUGCCUUCGCCGCGGUCGUGCCGGGCUUGCCGCCCCCGUUAGCAGCAGGCCGCCGGACACGGGCGCUCGGUCACUCGUCCGGGCCCUUGCACCAGCCGACGACGAUGGCGCCCGACGCGGCCAUCCGGCACUCGGCGCCGAUCUUCCUGCAGAAUGACGCCGCCUCGACGACGACGUCGUUAUCACAGUCAAUCAAGCCGCCUGCGACCACGGUCGGGGGCUCGGGAAUGGAGCUGCGCUACGCGAACGUUAUCUUGUCGGCCGAGAUGCUGCUCUCGGCGCUGAGACCGGCGACCCGAGACGAAGACGUGCAGGACGGGAUGAUGGAGCUGUCCAUGAGAGACGAGCUGUACAAGAUGCUGCCCGAGACCAUCCGCGCGGCCGUGAAGGCCAAGCUGAGGGAGAGGCUGCGAGGACAGCAGGUGGACGACGAGGCUGCCGCGGCGGCGAUGGACGCCGUGGAGAGGGUGCUGCGGUGGCUGGGCCCGAUGGCGCAUGACACGCUGCGGUGGCACGACGAGAGGGGCAUGGAGCGCAAGCAGCGGUUCAGCAUGAGCCCACGAGUGACCAUGGUGCAGACGCUGCAUUUCGCGGACCGUCGGAAGGCGGAGGCUGCCAUCGUGGAGGUGCUCGUGGAGCUAAGCUGCGUCUGCUGGUACGAAGACCAGCGGCGCCGGCCGGCUGACUGGGACGACUAGCUGGGCUGGCGCUCCGUGCGUUGUGUCACGUGUAAAUAUUACGACAAACAUGUAGGAAAAACAUUUGUGUACAUACGUGCACUAAAGAGAAGUCAAUUGGUACUCGCUCGGUCUAAAAAUAGGUAUCUCAUUUUGUCUGCAUA